CAGGCGCGCAAGCGUCUGGCUGCGGCUCUGGUUGUCCCCAGCGCGCUCUGCGGCGCUGGGCUCUGCUCAGCCUCUUGGCUGGUAAGGGGCCGGAAUGGCGGCAGCUGGUGCUGGGGCAACCCGGCUGCUCCUGCUCUUGCUGAUGGCGGCAGCAGCGCCUAGUCGGGCCCGGGGAAGCGGCUGCCGCGCUGGGGCCACUGCGCGGGGGGCUGGGGCUGAUGGCCGAGAUGGCGAGGGCUGUGGCACCCUGGGGCUGCUGCUGGAGCACUCCUUUGAGAUUGAUGACACCGCCAACUUCCGGAAGCGGGGCUCACUGCUCUGGAACCAGCAGGAUGGAACCUUGUCUUUGACGCAGCGGCAGCUCAGUGAGGAGGAGCGAGGCCGACUUCGGGAUGUGGCAGCCCUGAAUGGCCUGUACCGGGUCCGAGUCCCCAGGAGGCCAGGAUCCCCUGACAGUCUAGAAGUUGGUGGCUAUGUCUCCUCCUUUGUCCCAGCGUGCUCACUGGUCGAGUCGCACCUCUCAGACCAUCUCACCCUGCAUGUGGACGUGGCUGGCAAUGUGGUGGGCGUAUCGGUGGUGACACACCCUGGGGGCUGCCGGGGCCAGGAGGUGGAGGAUGUGGACCUGGAGCUGUUCAAUACCUCCGUGCAGCUGCGGCCACCAGGAACGGCCCCAGGCCCUGAGACAGCAGCCUUUAUUGAGCGCCUGGAGAUGGAGCAGGCCCAGAAGGCCAAGAACCCCCAGGAGCAGAAGUCCUUUUUCGCCAAAUAUUGGAUGUACAUCGUUCCCGUGGUCCUGUUCCUGAUGAUGUCGGGAGCGCCGGACGCCGGGGGCCAGAGCGGGGGCGGCGGCGGCGGGGGCGGCGGCGGGGGCCGCUGAGCCGGGCCUGGCCCCGGGGACCCCGCGCCCCGCGUGCCCCGUCCUCGCCCGCCCCGCCGUGCCCAUCUCCCGCGGGCGGACGGGAGCCGGCAGGCCACCUGCGCAGCCCCUCGGCCUCCCUGAGCCUCUGUUUUCCUAUUGGCCAAGGGUGGCAGGUGUGGGGCAUGCGCACUGCCCCCCGCGGCCCCGUUGACUCCGGGUGACAUCCCCCAGCCCUGCCCCCCCACCUCGACGCCAGGCCCGUCCUGCAGUUUGGGAACAUGCCAGCUUCUCUCCAGCCUCUGUGCCUUCGUCUGGGCGGCCUCCCGGCCCUCAGCCUGGCGCCAGCAGACUGGGCCUCUGCAUCGGGAGGGGCUGGCCCGCCCGGCUGCCUCUGCCAGGUUGAAGAACAGCCAGUCGCAGGGAACCCCAGAGUCCGCCGGUUGGGGCUAGGACUCCCUCCACCCCACCCCACCCUGGGCAUGGGGUCUUUGGGAAGCUGGCUCUAGUGUCAGCCGAACCAAGACAGUACCUGGGAGCUGGUGGCACCAUCAGAACUGCUGGAGGCAAGGUGGCACCAAGACCUCCCUCUCUCCCUCCUUGCCUCCUUCGCUCCCUCCCUCUCUCCCUCCCUCCCCUUGUGCCCCCCACCCCCCAGCACUUGUGUUUGCAUUUUGGUUUUGAGACGGAGUCUUGCCAACUUUAUUCAGGCUCCCCUUCCAUUUGUGAUCUGUCUGCCUCCGCCUCCCAAGUAGUGGGGAUUACAGGUAGGUGUCACCAUGCCCAACUUCAGAUCUUAGCUGUCUGGUGAGAUGCCUUCCCCCCACAGCAGUCUUCAAGGCAUCUUGCUCCAUUUUAAUAAGAGGCGCCUGGGGGUGAGCAGGUGACCGCUUUCUUUCAAGCCAUGCUUUGUAGUGAGUUCUAGUCAGUUCUGAGUUCCUGCAGGCUCCCCAGGGCUCCGUCCUUAUUAAACUUCCCUCCCAGUU